AUGGUAUGUUACGAUUCUGUAGAAAUAGAGGAUCGUAGAAUAAAAAAACCUUAUUUGGGAGGAUGGAAACAUAAAAUUAGCCAAGUAGAAUAUUUAAAUGCCGAGUCGCAAACAGGUCCAUUAAUAAGAAACUCAAAAGAAAAAUGCAGCAAAAAAGUGCAAUAUAUUUCUUGGACGGAAGUAUCCACGCAAACACCAUAUCAUCAAUCGACCCAGAUGGCACGACCAGAUUGUUUUAUAUCGAGUGAAUCAGAUACAUAUAUAACAUCAAAACCGUACGAAACAUACGAAGAAAUGAUGAAACGAUUGGACUACGAUGGAAAAGCACGAAUUAUUCAAAAAAAUUAUAAAAUAUAUAAAUUGUGGAAAUACAUUAAACAAUACGCGAGACAAUAUCGAGAGCUUGCCAAACAAUGUAAAUUUUACGAAGCAGAAAAUAUAUUAUUAUACAGGAAAAGGCAUCAGGGUGAAAUUCUUCGACGAAUCGAUCCCAAAACACGACUGGAUUUCGAUUUGUUGUACGAUUUGGUCGAAAAAUGGAAACGCGAUCAUAUCGAAUGCACGAAACAACUUUUCUUCAGACCCGGAAGAUGUGCAGAAAAUUAUAUGAUAUUGGAAAAAAUGGUGGAGAUGUUGAACGUGAUCGAUCAGAAGAGACAAGCGGUGAGAAAACGUUACAGAAACAAGAAACGCGUGAAAUUCAUUACGGUGAAUUGCAAGCCUAUUAUGUGGAAUGGCUAUAAGAAUAAGCUGUUGGAAAUGGAUACAAUGAGAAACCAGAAGGCGAGAGAAUUGAAGAUAAUUUACGAUUCGUUGACAAAUUACAAUGUUACUUACGCUGAACGUAUGGAGAUACUUACCAUGCUAAAGAAAUCGUUGGAAAUGCACAAUUGCGUGUCUGCGUUCGAUUUGAUACGACUCUUGGACGAAGAGUUGAUUUACUUGGCAAAGGGAAUGAAAAACAUGCCGUUGGACUACUUCCGGGAGAAAAUAAUUUAUAGUUAUUUGAGUUUUUUACGCUCGUCACAUUCGUGUUGUUGCACAAAGAACGACGAAGACUUUUGCAAGAGCGUAGACGAUGAGAAACUUCGUGAACCAAUUGAACCCAAGACGAGAUUAUGUUUCGGUUGUUUAAAAUUAUUUCCCAAACACAAAUUCACUGUUCAUGGAAGAAUGAACAAGAUAUAUACUUGCGUUGGAUGUACUUGGCUGCGUGAACGGAAUAUUAAACACAUAAACUACGAUCAUUACGUAUUUCUCUUAAAUACUGUGCGUUCAGAGGAAAGAAAAAGAGAAUCAACCUCUGCUAUCGCAUUCAUUAUGCAAAAGCACGACAUGUAUCAUCUGGUGAAUAAUAUUUGGCACGGACAUUCGGCCAUUAGCGAAAAUUCAGAUCUGUUCUUAUUACGAAUUGUUCGAUAUAAUAUGAACGAGGAAUGGUCACCGUGGAAUUGUAUUCUUUUGACGCAGGAAGAGGCUGCUGUUCACUCCAGGAUCGAAAAUCUAGCUGACAUAUACUCGAAAUCACUUAUCGAACGAGUCUUGUUGGCUCAUCAGUUAGCGAAAAACCAAUUCAAGUACUUGAGACAGUUCGAGAAGGAUUUCCGAGAAAAGUUUCAUAAGAUCGGCAGAGAGGUGAUAUAUAAGCCGGCGAUCAAAGUGCACGAUUACCUCUACUCAUGAUGUAUUUCCUUGUGUCUAAUUGCCCGUGUAUUUUC